AUGGGAAAUCAUACAAGGGUGGUAGUGUUUAUUCUAGCAGGUUUAACAAGUGACCCACAAAUGAAAAUUGUUUUAUUUAUCUUCGUACUACUCACCUACUUGCUAAGCAUCACUGGCAAUCUGAUUAUCAUCACACUCACCCUGGUAGAUACUCACCUGAAGACCCCCAUGUACUUUUUCCUUCGAAAUUUUUCCUUUUUAGAAAUUUCAUAUACUACUACAUGCAUCCCUAAAUUUCUAGUUAUGAUGGCAACAGGAGACAAAACCAUUUCCUAUAACAGUUGUGUGACUCAAGUAUUUUUUGCCUUUCUUCUUGGAGCGUCUGAAUUUUACUUACUGGCAGCAAUGUCCUACGACCGCUAUGUUGCCAUCUGUAAGCCCCUGCAUUACACAACCAUCAUGAACGGUAAAAUCUGCAUGCAGCUUUUCCUCAGUUGUUGGUUUGCUGGAUUUUUUGUCAUCUUUCCACCACUCCUCUAUGGCCUAAACCUUGACUUCUGUGCCUCUAACUUUGUUGAUCAUUUCUAUUGCGACACCACUCCCCUCCUACAAAUCUCCUGCUCAGAUACAAAGUUAAUCGAGAUGAUGGGAUUCAUCUCAGCUGUGGUGACAUUGGUGAUCACAUUGGUAAUGGUGAUCAUAUCAUAUACCUGUAUUGCCUUGACCAUUCUAAGAAUUCCCUCAGCUAGUCACAGGAGAAAGGCUUUUUCAACGUGUUCUUCUCACAUGAUUGUGAUAUCCCUUUCUUAUGGCAGCUGCAUCUUUAUGUAUGUUAAACCUUCAGUCAAACAAAGAAUAUCUUUUUCCAAAGGAAUUUCAGUGCUCAAUACCUCUGUUGCACCCCUUUUGAAUCCUUUCAUUUAUACCUUAAGGAACCAACAAGUGAAGAAAGCCUUCAUGAAUAUGAUACACAGAGUCAUUUCUUUCUCAAAGAAAUGA